AUGGAUACUAAUGGAUUCAUUCAAGAACGGUUUUUUGGGCUUAUUCAUGUAUUUGAUACUGCAGCUUUGACUUUAAAGGAUGCUAUAUAUUCUUCUUUGGCUCACUACAAUUUGGAUGUUCAAAAUAUUAGAGGUCAAGGCUAUGAUGGUGCUAGUAAUAUGAGGGGCGAGUUUAAUGGAUUGCAAGCUUUAAUCAUAAAAGAUUGUAGAAGUGCUUAUUAUGUUCAUUGCUUUGCUCAUCGGUUACAAUUGGCUUUAAUUGCAGGAUCAAAAAAUCGUAAUGAUGAAUUGAAGAAUACUCAUACAGAUGACAUUGCACAUUUGAUUGCUAUUAAUGAACUCGAGAAAGGGCGUGGACUUAAUCAGAUAGAUGCAACAUCUGUUUAUGAUGAAAUUGUUGGAGCAAUCCCAAUGGUAGACCUCUUUUAUGCUUCAAUAGAUUCACAGUUGCAAGAAAUUAAUGGGCGCUUUAGUGAUGAUGCUAUGGAAUUACUUAUUCUUAGUACUACCUUAAAUCCUCAAAAUGCAGUGGAGUCUUUCAGAGUUGAGGAUAUAUGUAAAUUAGUUGAAAAGUUUUAUGCCCAAGACUUUACAAGAGAUAAAAAGGAGCAAUCAGAGAUACAAUUGAAGCAUUACGAGUAUAAUAUAGUCAAAGGGCCCAACUACAACAAUCUUGCAACUAUUUUAGAAUUAUGUCAAUGUUUCCACUGCUACUACAGAACGAUCAUUUUCUGCGAUGAAUAUUGUGAAAACAAGGCUUCAGAGCAAAAUGGAGGAUGA